CUCUUUUCAAGCUGCGCAGGUGUACAAUAGGGGGGCAAAUGGAGAAGUCUCACGCCUAGGUGUGAGCAGAUUAUUCAAAUAGGAGCCGAGUGGAGCAGUAGGGAUUGGAGGCUCGCCCGGGCGCACAGAGCUAUAUCACAGAGCUAAGAGCCAGCAGCGGGCGUCAUUUCAACCAGAAACACAUACACACACACACAUACACACACACACAUGCGCCAGCUCUUGACAGGAGGAGAGCACAACGACGACACGAGUGUAUCCCGUGGUUGUACCACAUUUGGCUGCCAAAGGACACACAAUACCAGCAUUUUCUCGUGUGGGGAAGCGUUUUGAAAAGUAGAAGGAGUUUUUUCCAGGAUGCUCGGUGCUGUCAAAAUGGAGGGACAUGAACACGCAGCAGACUGGAGCGCUUACUACGGAGAGCCUGAGUGUUAUACCUCGGUCAGCAACAUGAACACCGGACUGGGAAUGAACUCCAUGAACACUUACAUGACUAUGUCUGGAAUGAGUUCGACUGCAAACAUGACAGCGGCAAACUCCAUGAACAUGUCCUAUGUCAACACGGGUAUGAGUCCUUCAAUGACAGGCAUGUCCCCCGGUGCGGGAGCGAUGGCCGGCAUGGGUGCGGGUAUGACGGGCAUGAGUGCAGCCCUGAGCCCGACCAUGAGCCCAAUGGCAGCGCAAGCACCCUCUAUGAACGCCUUAACCUCGUACAGCAACAUGAACGCUAUGAGUCCCAUGUACGGCCAGUCGAACAUAAACAGAUCGAGGGACCCGAAGACCUACCGGAGGAGCUACACGCACGCCAAGCCACCCUACUCUUACAUUUCCCUAAUAACCAUGGCCAUCCAGCAAUCCCCCAGUAAGAUGCUGACCCUCAGCGAGAUCUACCAGUGGAUAAUGGACCUUUUCCCUUUUUACCGACAGAACCAGCAGCGCUGGCAGAACUCUAUCCGCCACUCGCUGUCCUUCAACGACUGCUUCCUGAAAGUCCCACGCUCCCCGGAUAAGCCAGGCAAAGCGUUCUGGACCCUUCACCCCGACUCCGGGAACAUGUUCGAAAACGGCUGCUAUCUGAGAAGGCAAAAGCGCUUUAAGUGCGACGUUAAGAAACUUAGCAAGGAGCCCGGUCGGAAAACAUCGGAGGGUGGAUCGAACAGCAGCUCCGAGAGCUGCAACGGGAACGAGUCUCCUCAUUCCAACUCGUCUAGCAACGAGCACAAAAGAUCCCUGUCUGACAUGAAGUCGGGUCAGGGUCUGAGCCCGGAGCACACAGCCUCCCCGACCUCCCAGGCGCAGCAUCUCCUGGCGCAACAUCACUCUGUUCUGGCGCAUGAAGGACACCUGAAGCCAGAACACCACUAUUCCUUCAACCACCCCUUCUCCAUCAACAACCUCAUGUCCUCGGAGCAACAGCAUCACAAAAUGGACCUAAAGACAUAUGAGCAAGUGAUGCAUUAUGGUUACGGCUCUCCGAUGGCCGGCGCGUUGUCCAUGGGCUCCAUGGCCACAAAGGGCAUCGCACCAUCGGGGUACUGGCCCAUCCUGAACUCUGGGACACUCAUCCUAUACGUGUGUGUUAUUGAAUCCUGA